ACAAGGGAGAAGAGCCCCAAGGAUGCAGCCCAGACGGCUUGCUCUCUUGUGCACAGUCUUGGCCUUCAUCUGCUUUGGUUCUAGCAAUACUCAGAGCGUCUAUCAAGCUGCAAAUGUUAUGUCUACACAAGUGGGAGAAUCUGUGACCUUGGACUGCAAAAUCACAGUCAGUUAUACUUACUACAAUAUGUACUGGUAUCGACAGCUUUCCAGUGGAGAGAUGACUCACAUCAUUCGACUAUAUUCUGCAAAUAGGAACUCAAGGGAAGGACGAUAUUCUGUGGUGUUUCAGAAACCAACCCUAAUGCUCACCAUCUCAGCCUUGACACCUGGAGACUCAGCUGUCUAUUUCUGUGCUGUUGCACAAGCAUCCCACAGAUCCAGCAUGGCUCAGAAAGUAACCCAAGCUCAGACCAGAAUGACAAGGCAGGAAGGAGAAGCUGUGACCAUGGACUGCAAGUUUGAACCCAGUGAUGCUAAGACUACACAGCCAAAUGCAAUGGAAAGUACUGAAGGAGAAUCUGUGCGCCUGCCCUGUAACCACUCCACAAUCAGUGGAGGUCACCUUGAAAGACACCACUGUGUACUACUGCAUCAUGAGAGAGGCACAUUGGGGCAGAUGGGGCUGCACCUGUGCAAUAUCUCCUUGGUUGGGGAAGCGAAGCAGCAGCAGCCAUCCAAAGAGGCCACUGCACAAGAAUGA